AGGAACUAAGGGAUCGACAGCCACAGAAACUGGGAAAACAAAAGAUGACCAUGAAAGAAAGAGGAGUAUUUCCCUUCAGACUUUUCUAAGUGUGUGUUGGGAAAGUAUGGACCGGCACAUCCCCGUACACGCCUUGCCUGAAGAAAUCCAGAAGAUGUCCCGUGAUGAGACAGUCUGUAAAUAUUGUGGAGUCAGCUAUCUGAUUCUUCAUGAAUUUAAGCUUAUGGAGGAGAAGAUGAAAGCAAUGGAAGCAGAUAUGAAAUUUUAUCAAGGAAGUCUUGACCGGGAGAAGUUACUCCAAGAAAAGCUACAGUCUCUUAAGCAAGAUUUUCAACAGUACAAGGCUGGUGGGGAAGCCCAAACAGAAAGAAUUAGAGAUUUAAGCACACAAUUAGAAAAGCAACAAAAGAAAUUUCAGAGUGUGAAUGAAGAACUGAGACAUUUUCAAGAUGAGCUAAAAGUCGCACAUAGACAGACACAACAGUACAGUAAGAAGCUGGAGCAGCACCACGCGAUGCACAAGAAGACACUCCUGUUACUCAAGUUUGCCAAGAGAGAGCUAGGGAGCAUUAAAAAUGAAGUCACUUACACGCUCCAGAGCUGGAUUUCUCUGAGUGAGGAGAUGUCGCUGCAAAUUAAACACAUGAGUGAAAGAGCGGUUUUGACAGAAAUGGCCAAUCUGAAUAAAACUUUAUCAGUAGUCCAGCGAGAUAAAUUGCGCCUGGAGGAAGAAGUGAAAAAUCUGAAGAUAGUGUCGGAUACGGCUUUGUUGAAAUCACAACAGAUUCAGGUGAUAGGCCAGCAAGGAGUAGGCUUGUUGAACAGAUGCCAUGACCUUCAAAAGGAAAUAAUAGAUUUACAAAGUCAAAUAGAGGCCACAGGACUGAAGCUUCAGAAAGCAGCCAAUGAAGCUGACCAGUACAAAGAAAUGCUCAUGAUUAAAUCAGAUGAAGCUGAUGAGUUUCAGAGAAAACUUAAAAAACUGAAGUUUGAAAGCAAAAUUUCUGAAACACGACAUGCUAGAGAGCUAAAAGAGAAGGAAGACUCUUUGCUGGCUUGUCAACAAAUGUGCAAACAUUUACAGGAAGAAGUGGCUGCAAAAGAAAGGCUAGAAGAAAACUUGAAGAGAAGAACCAGCCUCUCAGAAAAUGAAUUGGAAAUGACAAAAAUUCUUCUGAAUCAGGCAAAGGAAGAGGUUGCGGCACUGAAAAAUGAAAGGGAGUUAAUGCUGAUUUCACAUCAGAAUAGAUUUGAGCAGCUGCAGGAAAACUUCAGACAGAAGAUGCUGAGUGAUGAUAACAGGAGAGAGAAGCUUGAAUCUGAACUCAGUAAAGAGCGACUCCGACACAGUGCCGAGUAUCAGGAGCAAGCUCUUCGGCUGAAGGAAGAAUUUAAACUGGAGCUUGCCAUUGAAAGGGAAAAACAUCAAGAAGUAAUAAAACAGUAUCAGAAAGAGCAAGAAAAGCUUCAGAAGAAGAUGAAUGACUUAAUAGCAAACGCUACCAACGACCUUAGGAUGGAAGUGGCCACUCUAGAGAAGAAACUCCAGGAAACCCAGAUGAGACUUACUGAAAAAACAGCCUUGAAAGAAGAGGAGAUCCAAAGCCUGAAGAUUUUGGUGGCAGACUUUGAAUCCUGCCUGAGGAAGGAGAUGGAAAAUUGUGACUCCAUCUCAGAGGAUCUGAGGAAGGAGAUGAAGCAGAAGUCAGACGAAUUAGAAAAAAUCACCCAAGAGCAGACCCAGCUCAUUCAGCAGCUUAAUCAGGCCCAGGAAGAGAACACGUUUCUUCAGGAAACAGUGCGGAGAGAGUGUGAAGAACGCUUCCAACUGACAGAAGCGCUGAGCCAAGCCCGGGACCAGCUGCUGGAGCUGCAGAAACCCAACGGGGGCUUCCCGCUGCCCCGCUGUUCGCUCAGUCAGGGCAACCUAACCGCCCCCGCUUCCAUGGUCAGCAGCGGAGACAAGAGUCUCGCGAGCGCCGCCCCGGCCAAGGGGCUCAGGAUCCCCGUCCUGCCCUGCGCCUCCAGGUCACCCACCUCGCUGAGCCAGAACAAGUCCCCAGGUGGGAGCUGCACGAGCUUCCCCAUCCCCAAACCUCCCAAGGGAAAGGCGGCCUCCGUCAACGAGACCAGGCAGAGAAUCGCCGCCAUCCUACAGAAGAGGAUGAGUCAGCAGUAGCCGUGAGAUGCGCGGGCCGCGGAGGACGCUCCGUGUCCAGUCACCCGAGGGGUCUCUUCUGCUGGAGGCAGUUGGGAGCUAGAGUGGCUGCGGGGUAAACGUAAAGUCUCAGACAGGCUCGAGGGAAGAGCAGCCCAGGAGAGUCAGAAGGACUUAGAAGGAAAUUGAGAGAGGGCAGUUAGUAUCUGUCUUUGCAUGUUGCUUGAUUCAAAAGAGAAAGAAAAAAUGCCAAUCAGUGGAUCCAUGGUGUAGGCACAUUCUCCCAGAGGCCAAGAGCUGAACUCAGAAGUUGCUCAGGAAAUCAAGUAGUGGGCAGCCCAACAGGUCACUUGACAUGUGUAGGUCUGACCUAAGCAGGUACAGUUUCAGAGAUUUUCCACCUAGAGAAUCUUUUCUAUUUCUUGUAAUACACAGAGAUAGAUCUUCCCUUCUAAACUUCUAAGUGGAGAGCAGGAAAGCACUUUAUUCUUAUAUAAAUAAUUCCCAGGAAUUUUACUUGAAGUAUUUUCAGAGUUAGUGGUUCUCCUUGUUAUGAGCACGCCUCAUCGAUGUGCCUUAAGCCCUUGGGUACAGUGGAAGCCCCCAUAGCCUUUACUGUGGUUGAGCUUUAUGUGUUAAGCAAUAUAGGUGAGGGACAGUGAGGGAGCAGGCAUCUGUGUGAGCCAGGUUGACAGUCUGGACAGAAGGCGCUAGAGUUCUAACUUAAGAAAAUGAUGACUGUGAUUUUCAGAGGCCAAACGUUUUUUAAAGGUAGUUUUCAGUAAAUGUUAUUUUGUACUUAGCAUUGCUUCGGUUUAAACUUAAAUUCUUAAACAAUCUCGAGAGAAGAUCAGCCCCAGAUAAUCAGAGGGACUUAGGAAGAAGUGGGAAGGGGCAGUUAAUAUCUUUGUCUUUGGAUUCUAGCUAGUUCAUGUUUUCUAUUCUCAGACUGGCCUAGGGUAAACAGAGACAAAGCCAACUCUUAUAGGCCUGCUUAAAUUCUCCAUGUGCUUCAAGACUCUUCCCACCCUUGUUGUCUUUUCUCAUCUUUCUCUUCCUCUCUCCUUAAGAAUCUAUCUUCCCAAAUAAAGUUUCACUUUAAAUCUCUCAUUAGA